AUGUCUGCGUCUGCUUCAGCUGCUUCAGCAUCGCCUGCGUCGGUGCUCAACUUCAAUGCGCUGUUCGACAAUCCGCUGUUCGCGGGAGGCAUCGGCCUCGCCUCUCUAGGCGCCGCCGCAGCGUUUGCGCGCAAGGGAUCCAUUGCCGUCCUGGGCGCCGCUCGCCGCCGGCUGCUCGUCAACGUCGAGAUCAGCAAGCAGGAUCCGGCGUAUCCCUGGAUCCUCGCAUGGCUCUCGCAGCCUCGUGAGACGCCGGGCUUCAUCGCCUCGCGGCUGACGCGCAUCCACAACCUGUCCGUGGCGACGGCGACGGGGUCAAAGGGACCGGGAGCCGGCGGGCCAGUCAAUGCUCACUUCUUUCUCCAGCCGGGAUAUGGACGCCACAUUGUCAAGUUCGGGAGGGCCUUCAUCUCGGUCAACAGGGAGAAGCACAACACGGCCAACAUGAACACCGGAGAGCCGCAUGAAAUUGUCCAGCUGACUACGCUGUGGGCGCAUCGCCACGUCUUUGAGGACCUCUUCAGAGAGGCGCACCAACUGGCCGCAAAGGCGAACGAAGGCAAGACGGUGGUGUACUCUGCCCGCGGGCUCGAAUGGAGUCCUCUGGGAGACCCUCGCAAGAAGCGGCCGCUCGGCUCGGUCAUCCUGGACGAGGGGGUCAAAGAGAGCAUUGUCGCAGACGUCAAAGACUUCCUGUCAAGACAGCAGUGUGGCAAAAGCUCUUUCAUCCAAGCGCUGGCAGGAGAGCUCGACUUUGGUGUGGCCAUGAUCAACCUCAGCGAGAUGGGCAUGACGGACGACAAGCUGGCAUAUCUCCUCACGAAACUGCCCAAGAGGAGCCUGCUUCUUUUGGAAGAUGCAGAUGCGGCCUUUGUCAACCGUCGGCAGCGAGACUCGGAUGGAUACAGCGGCGCAAGCGUCACCUUUUCCGGUCUUCUCAACGCACUCGACGGUGUCGCAGCUGGAGAAGAGCGCAUCGCCUUUCUCACGACCAAUCACAUUGAGCGCCUGGAUCCCGCGCUGAUCAGACCCGGCCGGGUGGACAUGAUGCUCAAGAUUGGCGAGGCCACGCGAUACCAGGCUGCGCAGAUGUGGGAUCGUUUCUAUGGCGAUGUGGAUGAGGAUCAUUCUGGUCGGGCACGAUUCUUGGAGCGCCUGGAAGAGCUCGGCUUGUUUGGACAGUACAAGGAUGGACAGCCCUCUCAUCGGCACACGAGCGCUGCUGCGAUCCAGGGCUUGUUCUUGUUCAACAAGAACGAUAUGCAAGGUGCCAUUGACAUGGCCGAGGGUCUGAUUCCAAGGAAAUUCGAGGCCGAAGACUCGACUCCCGAUGGGGCCAUCAAGACGCCAGUCUGA